CCCUCCUCCCUCUUCCCUCCCCUGGGCCCUGAUCCCUGCCCUCCUGGGCAGCCAGGGCAGCAAGGACGGCACCAAGGGAGUUGCCCCAUGGACAGGGCCCCACAGAGACACCACCGAGCCUCACAGGAGCUGCUGGCUGCAAAGAAGACCCACACCUCACAAAUUGAAGUGAUCCCUUGCAAAAUCUGUGGGGACAAGUCAUCUGGGAUCCAUUACGGAGUUAUCACCUGUGAGGGGUGCAAGGGUUUCUUCCGCCGGAGCCAGCAGUGUAACGUGGCCUACUCCUGCACCCGUCAGCAGAACUGCCCCAUCGACCGCACUAGCCGAAACCGGUGCCAGCACUGCCGCCUGCAGAAAUGCCUGGCCCUGGGCAUGUCCCGAGAUGCUGUCAAGUUUGGCCGCAUGUCCAAGAAGCAAAGGGACAGCCUGCACGCUGAGGUGCAGAAACAACUGCAGCAGCGGCAAGAGCAGCAACGGGGACAAGCAGCCAGGACCCCUCCCGCGGGGGCCCAAGGAGCAGAUUCCCUGGCCUGCACCUUGGGGCUCCCAGACGGGCAGCUGCCCCUGGGCUCCUCGCCUGACCUGCCGGAGGCCUCGGCCUGUCCCCCCAGUCUCCUGAGAGCUCCCGGCUGCGGGCCCUCCUACUCCAACAGCUCGGCCAGAGCCGGGCUCAAUGGGGCCUCGUGCCACCUGGAAUACAGCCCCGAGAGGGGCAAGGCUGAGGGCAGAGAGAACGUCUAUGGCACGGGCAGCCAGCUGGCCCCUAACAGGUGCGGACUCCACUCUGAGGAGCCCAGGUAUCCUGGGCUUGAGGAACCCGGACGGGGCCCGGACAGCUUCUUCAGCCCCAGUUUCCACAGCACCCCAGAGGUGCCUUAUGCCUCCCUGACGGAGACUGAGCACCUGGUGCAGAACGUUUGUAAGUCCUACCGAGAGACGUGUCAGCUGCGGCUGGAGGACCUGCUCCGACAGCGCUCGAACAUCUUCUCCCGAGAGGAGGUGGCCAGCUACCAGAGGAAGUCGAUGUGGGAGAUGUGGGAACGCUGUGCCCACCGCCUGACGGAGGCCAUCCAGUACGUGGUGGAGUUCGCUAAGAGGCUCUCUGGCUUCAUGGAGCUCUGCCAGAACGACCAGAUCGUGCUACUCAAAGCAGGAGCCAUGGAAGUGGUGCUGGUCAGGAUGUGCCGGGCCUACAACGCUGACAACCACACAGUCUUUUUUGAAGGCAAAUACGGUGGCAUGGAGCUGUUCCGAGCCUUGGGCUGCAGCGAGCUCAUCAGCUCCAUCUUCGACUUCUCCCGCUCCCUGAGUGCCUUGCGCUUUUCCGAGGACGAGAUUGCCCUCUACACGGCCCUCGUCCUCAUCAACGCCAACCGGCCAGGGCUCCAAGAGAAAAGGAAAGUAGAACAGCUGCAGCACAAUCUGGAGCUGGCCUUUCAUCAUCAUCUCUGCAAGACUCAUCGCCAAGGCAUCCUGGCAAAGCUGUCAGUUCUCACUUGGACCACCAGAGAGGCCUCCGAACUGGACCCCCGCUCCACCCCUGUCUGUCCUCCAGCAGCCACGCAGCACUGUUCAGGGCUCCUAUAGCUGCCCAUCACACUGAGAGUCAAAUCUAGAGCCUGUGUCAUGGCUGACUGGCCUCAUGGUGUGACCCCCGACUGCUUUUCUCCCCUCAUCUCCUUCCACUGCCCUCCCAGUCACCCAUUCCAGCAUACUGGCCUCCUUGCUUUUCCCUGAACACAUCAAGCCCAGUUGCUUCUCAGGACUUUUGCAGCUGCUGUUCCAGCUGCCUGGAAGGUUCUUCCCCUAGUUUUCCAAAUGGCCGGCUCCAUCCCUUCAUUCUGGAGAGGUUUUCCCAGACCACCCCAUAUGAAAAGCCACUCUACCCAUUCACUCUGCUUUAUUGUUUUUUAUAGAAGUUCUCUAACAUAUGUUUAUUUUCUGGCUCCCUCACUAGAAUACACAUUGAAUAAAGGUAGAGAUUUUAUUCACUGAUGUAUCAUCACAGUGCCUAGCCAAAAGGUUUCCAACAAAUAUGUGAGAACGAAUGAAAGAAUGAAUGAAUGAAGCUAUUGCAAUAGCCCAGACCAAUGCAAAAUAAAGCCGGAGGAUCGAAAAGAGGAUGAAUUCGAGAGAUAUCGAGGGACCCCAUGCUGCCUGCUUUUCCCUGACUGUCCUUUUCCUAGGCAACUAAGCUGGGGAGAAGGGGGUGGCUGGUGAGAGGUAUUUUAAGCCUCACUUGGUUAUACAGGAAACUGCAGAAGAUAAAUGGUUUUCUCAGUCUUUCUCCAGCGAGGUCUCCCUGCCUCCUCCUUGGGUCUCUGGGCCUGUUUCAUUCCCUUCCAUGGGCUGAGGGCUGCCGGUGUUGGUUUACUAUUUGCAGUGUUGGGUGCCUGCUUGGAAACUGCUUAAUCCAAACAGUUAUUGAGCAUUUGCCAUGUGCAAGCAGUUUGAUAGGUACAGAGAAUACAGAGAGAGGGAGAGAGGGAAGGGAGGAAGAGAGACCCUAGCUAAGGAGCUUAAGUCUAAGGGGUCUUAAGACAAAGUAGAUCAUUUUCCUAAAAUGGGGUUUAGGUGCUACACAGAGGGAAACCCAAAGGAAGGGCCCUUAAUCCAGGGAAAUUGUCCUAGAGGAGGUAACUUUGAAGGUGAGUAAAAAUUAGCCAAGCACAGAAGAAUUAGAAAGGCAUUCCAGGUAAGGGGAACAGUCUCAACAAAGGCAAAGAGGCAUGUACCAUUAUAGGACAGAGUAACAGAACUUCACUAUUAUGAAAGCAUAAAGUGUGAGUUAGAGAGUCUUUAACACCGCUCAUUUUAGGAGUAGCAAGAACACCCUUUGAGGGUUUCAGCCAGGAAACAUGCACCUGUCCCACAGCAGUUCUCACUUGUCUCCAGUUCCCUGAACACAGACCUACCCCUACCAGUGGGAUCUGGCUGUUCCACAAGUGUCAAGUGCACAGGGAGAAAGCAAGGAGGGUUAUCCCAGCCCAGGAAGGAUAGGAAGACUUCUCCG